AUGGAGCUCUUUGCUCGGUCAGACGUCGUUCCCGUCUCUCCUAGCAGAGUUCCGACAUGGGUCCAGCAAAUGCGCUCUGGACAAUACUUUCAACUGGCAACCACCAGUGCUCUGCUUUAUGACUGCAUUAUCACGAUGGAUAAAGAGGUACACUAUUUCUGGAAGAGUCCGUGGAAAGCUGUCAACGGCGUAUACUUUGCAAAUCGAUAUAUCGGGAUCUAUGGAACCGUUGCCCACCACGUCUGGUAUUUAUAUGGAGUAGACAUCACAAGGUGUAACUUCUCACAAUGGAGCCGAAACAUAUCCUUUUGGUGUACCAUAUUGUUGAUUGACUAUAUCCUUAUGCUCCGGGUUCUUGCACUCUACUCUCAAGACAGGUAUCUUAGGCUGCUAUCCAUAUUUCUCAAGGCGCUUCUCGCGCUUGAAGCAGCAUUCAAAAUGGCGUUACUUGUUUAUCUCACGUUAGAGGGAGAAGUUGCGGUGGCAGGCCUUCCUUGGGAAGGUGCCACUGUAUGUGGACAACUUGGAUCCGGCCCUUGGCAGUGGGGCAUGAUUAAUUGGAUCCUUCCAAUGGUGUAUUCAGUCCUACUCAUGGCUCUCGCACUGUACAAAGCCACGGAAUUCUGGAAGAUGCAGGCCGGCUUCAAAGGAUUCAAGCUUGUCAAAGUUCUCAUUCAGGAUCAAGCUAUCUAUUUUCUUCUUGUCGUCGCCUGUGUCACAAUGAACGUCAUAGAGUACAAGAUAUACUUAGCGAACAAUUUCUGGGCCAGCGUUUUGAUAAACCUUGGUAGUGCGUCAUGGCUUUCGGUCCUUGGCAGUCGUUUGUUGUUCAACCUGAAAGAGGCAGGGGAGAAUGGACUCAAUGAAGGAAUGAGUUAUAGAAUGAAGCCUUUGUCACUGGGCGAGAUGAGUGAUAUCCAAUUUGCUGAAGGAAGACCGGACACGCCAGUGUAGUUUUAUCUUAGCCGAGUAGGUGGACAAGAUAUGAAGCAGCGU